GUGAUGCAGAAAUUGACAACGCGUUAUUUCAGGCACAAAAGGAUCAUGAGGAUAUAGAAGAUGAUGAAUUUGAAUCGUUUAUAGAUGAGAAAAUACCAAAAGAGCAGGAAAUAGAUAUAUUUGGACAAACUGGUUUGACUACUUGCACAAAAAGCAAUAAAAGAAAAUUUAAUAUUCCUCCUAAAUCGACAAAAGAAGAAGUAAUUAAUUUGAUGGGAAGUUUACCUAUUAGAAUUUACAUUGGUGGAUCAGCCGGAGUUGGAAAAAGCGUAUUAAUAAACGCUAUUUAUCAGGUUUUAUUGAAUUACUUUAAUGAAGACCCUGGGGAAAAAAACAAUUCUGUAAAAAUAUUACUAUGCGCACCUUCUGGUAAAGCGGCAUUUUUAAUAGGUGGUGUAACAUUACACACAGCUUUUGCUUUACCAAUAACACAGUAUGGUGGACAAAUGCCAGAACUCUCUGCUGACGUAGCGAAUACUAUUCGCGAGAGCUUGUUUGAAUUAAAAUUACUAAUUAUAGACGAAAUUUCAAUGGUAGGUAGUACGAUGUUCAGCAGAGUAGAUACAAGAUUAAGACAAAUAAUGGGGCGUAAUCUAAGCUUUGGAGGAGUAUCUGUUUUGGUGGUCGGAGAUUUGUAUCAAUUACCACCGGUAAUGGAUACGCAUAUUUAUUUAUCCUCAAAAUCAUGCACGCUAAGUUUUUUGGCAGAAAAUGUUCUAUGGAAUGAAUUUCAAUAUUUUGAGUUAAGCGAAAUAAUGAGACAAAAGGGAGAUAAAAGCUUUACUAUUGCCCUUAACAAUCUAGCGAGAUGUGCAAUGACUGCAAAUGAUAUUGCUAUAAUUAAAUCACGUGAAACGAAAGAAGGACACGUUCCAAAAGACGCGAUUAGAUUAUAUCCUGAUAAUUGCUCGGUAAACAGCUUCAAUAAAAUGAAAAUCGAUUCACAUGAGGGACAAUCUUUUGAAUUUAUAGCUAAAGACUCAAUUUUAGGAAAAAUUUCAAGUUUGGCAUACAAAGUUAGUCUAAAAAUAGGUAUCAAUUAUAUGAUAACUACAAAUAUUGAUGUAGAGGAUGGAUUAGUUAACGGUGCUUGUGGUAAAUUAAAACAAAUAACAUUUAUACCAGGUACAGAGGAAGCAAUUAAAAUUUGGCUUGAUUUUAAUAACAAUAAAAUUGGAUUUGAAAAACGUAGAAAGUAUAUUAGUUAUAUGAAUGAAAACUGUAUGGAAAUGAGUUUGGUUCCUAUAUCAACAAUAACAGUAGUAUUGAACAUAAAUGAAAGAAUGGGAUAUCAAAUUGUGAGACAACAAUUUCCAAUCACACCUGCGGAAGCAUUAACAAUACAUAAAAGCCAAGGACAAACCUACGAUAAA